AACUUAGUCCCUCCAGGCACUAAAAUUUGUCUGUAAAAUCCCUGGUGUGAAUUGAAUUUUGAUUCUCUCAAGCCUUCUUCAUACGUGAAAACCAGCUCUUGCUGCUUGUGGGAGCACACUGAAACACCUGCAUUUCUUAGCUUCUGAGAUUUGCUGCCUUGAUACAGAAUCUAUCCUUGUGACCGGGUCCUGCCUUAGGGAGGAUGCUGGGAGGAAAAUGUUGUUAGCUUUUGAUAGAAUUUGACUCCCCAAAUAGGCAGCUGGAUGCUUUGAUUGAAAAUUGCUCCUGACAGCUCGUUCUGGGUGUGUAAAACCAAGACGGUGGUUCUCAGUUCACACAAGGCUGUGGUCACCACGUGUCCAAGGUGUGUCCAGGUCUGUUGUUGCAGAAGUGACUGCCACAUUCCCUGCGGUGAGCAGUGGAGCCAAGGGGAGCUGCUGAGUGAUGCAGUGAUGUGACCAAAAUCCCACAUGCGUCAAAAGGCUCCCCCCAGGGAAGAGCACUGUGGCUGCUGCCGCCCUUUUAAGACCAAGCGCUUAACAGAGUUCACCCAGUGCUUUCCAGAGCAGUGCAUUCCUCCCUAGGUUCAUCGAUCUGCUUUAAACUGACGUUGCAGAGGAGCUGUGUGCUGUGUCUCCGCGUAAGUGAGAAUAUGAAUUCAGCUAGGAGUGGUUUCUGGAUUGUCACACAUGGCAGAAGGGCUGGGCACGACCAUGACUCAACAGAGGGUAAUCCAUCACCCUGCCGCUGUUGGGGAAUGGGGCUUCGUGCAGGAGCACCAGCACAGGAGCCAGUGUUUUGGGCUCAUCCUGGCACUAAUGAUGUGAACCAGUACCCUUAGUUUCAAUUUUCGAGUUCUUUAUUAUCCAUUUAGCUGCUAAUGUGUCACAUAACCACUAGUGGGCUUUGUAUGGGUGGCAAAAUGCAUUCACCCAUGUCUCCCCUCACACGCAUUUCAUAAAUCUGUAGGCUUUUCCUUUUGUAUUUGGAAAAAGUAUUUCUGUGAAGCCAGUGUUCCUUUUUAACCUAGUGUUGGGACAUCCUUUCAUUGCCUGCGAAAUGGUCUAAGCUGGGCGGCGCAUGGUAGCAGAAGGCUGGAUCACCGGGUGCCUUGACUUAAAAAUGCAGCUCCCAUUUAAUCUCAUUCAUGUUAUUCUCUCUUCUCACUGUUCGUUUUUCCCCACUGUCAAUUAAUUUUAAAGACCUAGGCUUGUGAGAUGCAAGGAAUCGCCGUGCAGAAAGCAGGCUUGAGGCAGUUCGAGAUGCGCAUGGCAGAGGUUACCUUAAUUUUGCAGGAUUUGGGGGAAUUUUGCAGAAAUUUGCAAACAUUUUUCUUUUAAGAGGUUGUGCAAAAAAGGAAAAAAAGCAAACAAAUUAUUACUAGAGAAACAUCUUUUUAAAUGUUUGCUGUAAUGAUAGAAGUGCUCCAUGUGCAUAAGGAUGCUGUUCUUUUCUUGAAGAGGCAUGUAAUGAGUACUCACCAGUAACCUCCUGUCUGUAUUGGCUGGGUGCACUGGGGUGCUGCUGCCUUUGGCCACGCUGGGCUUUAUAUCCUUAUAUCCUUCUGUACCAUUUUUCUGAGCCUCAAGCUAAUUGGACUGUCUCUGCUCACCCCUCGCUGUGAUUGCAGCUGGCUGGAGCUGGGUGCGGCAGUAUCGAUCCUCCAGACGGGAUUGUUUUGUGGAGGCUCUCUGAUUCCCUGCCAGCUAAACUCCCUCUCUGAUGGGAAUGACAUUUGAAGAAGCACCAAGAGUCGCAGUGCCCUGUCUGAAAUACUGGAAGCAGGCUGAGCGCAAAUUGCUCGACUCUUCUUUUGUUUUGUGCAACCUUUGCUUGGUAGGUUGACCUGUGUAUUCAGCCAGGCUUGUUCCAGCUGUCCAGGCUUUACCAGCGCAGGCAGGCUGCUGGCUGGCUUUAUUGACAGAGGCUGAGUUGUUCCUUGCUCCUGGGAAGUACUGCAGAGAUUCUCUUACUGAACAUCCUGCUCCAUGCUCUGACUGUCCUCUCUGUAGCUUCCAAAGGGUGGGGAUUGUUUAGAGAGGUGGAAUUGCUGGCAGAUGCGCCCAUCAACGUUGCUGCUGAGUCUAAAUGGUUUUGGUAUUUGCAAAAACCUCCCAUUGGGUGCGGGAUGAGCCUUGCGCAGGGCCCACGCUCCCGGGUGCAGCUCCAUAAGCAGCUCUCCCAACUCCCUCUUGUGUAGAAUGUGCACACUGCUGGCCCGGGGGGCAGGGACCAGAAACCACUGUGGCCUGGCCCAGUAAGGAGCCCAGAGGUCUUGGGGAGAAAGAGGAGGAUUGCAACGCUUGCCCGAGAUUCAGUUUGGUGUUUUGAAUGGGAGACCCAGCCUGAGAAGCAAAGGUUCUUUUUUUUGGCAAGUAAGCAAGUUGUAAAAAAUUGCAAAAGCAAAUAAGCUCAGCUCAGGUUGGUGUUUCUUCCUGUUCCUAGGGGUGGGCUUGUGGUGGCUGAGCCUUGGUCAGCUCACCACAUCUAACAUGGUCCACCUCUGGUCCCCUUAGAAGGUGGUGGCUGGUCCCAGCUGUCCUGGCAGUGCUGGGGCCAGGUUCUGCUGUUCAGCUCUGCAGGUUUGGCUGCAGGAUCAUUUUGGACUUGCAAGCUGUCAGAGCAGACCUUCUCAAGAAAUAGUUAUGUUGCUUUUGCCAGCAGUUCAACCCUGAAGAGUGGUCUUGUAGGUGUCAGGAUGACCAUAUAGGCUGUGAACACAUCAAGAGUAUGUGUUGGGAGCCACGGAGGGCCCCUGUACAGCACCUGAAGCUUUGGAAGGCUCUGAGCCAGGGCUGUGCUGGCCUUGUAGGUAGAAGCAGGUCCAGGCAGGACCCUUGGGGCAGGAUGUAGGGUGCCACCAGCAUCUCGUGGGACAGAAGGCACUGCCCAGCCCAGAUGUCUCCAUGAGAGGGUGCUGUGGGACCCACUUAGCGCCCAGAGGUCCCAGCAGAGCUGCGUGGCUGGUGUGGCCCUGCUUCCUUCGCUGGUGCUGCCAGACGCAAAUAUGUCCCUGUGUCCAGGCUUUGCCUGAGCCCUCGGACUGGAUUUGGCCGCUAGGAGCUGUCACCUUGGUGGGUUGUAGCACCUCAUAGCUGGGUUAUACAAAGCUCCAUGAGCACAAAGCUCCACUGCCUCACAUACCCCACAGAGAUUUUUAACCCACUUUGCCUUUAAAAGGCAGCCCCGUGACCAGCAGGAUCAUCUGAAGACCCUGGCUUGGCUGGAUCUGGGAGUGCUUUUACGUCUGGCUCUGACUGUGGGAGGUGAAAGCAGUGCUGGGGCAGCUGUGUCCCACCCCUGGGGACUGUUACCAGGCUGACCAUGCGGAGCAGGACAACCAGGUCCUUGCCCUGGCACAUUGGGGUCACUGCAAAUUGCAGCUGGUAGCUCCCAGCCAGGAGCAGGACAAACCAGUGUGCUACGGCCAUCUCGUCUCAUCUCUCCUUGCAGGGAACACCGAAUGGAGCCCCUGUUACCAAGCUGCUUCUUGGGCAUGUCAGACUCUUCCUUGUUCUCUGCCUUUCCUGUGUCAGAAAAAUUAAUUCUAGUGAAGGAGGAGGAAGAGAAAGGUGAAGAUAAUGACCGAGAAGGAGCUCCUGGCUGUGGCCUGUGAGCAAUUCUUGGGGAAGAACGUGCAGGAUGUGAAGAACGUGGUCCUUCAGACACUGGAGGGGCAUCUGCGCUCCAUCCUAGGUACCCUGACAGUGGAGCAGAUCUACCAGGACAGGGAUCAGUUUGCCAAGCUGGUGCGGGAAGUGGCAGCUCCUGACGUGGGUCGCAUGGGUAUUGAGAUCCUGAGCUUCACCAUCAAGGAUGUCUAUGAUAAAGUGGAUUACCUGAGCUCCCUGGGAAAGACUCAGACUGCAGCUGUCCGAAGGGAUGCAGACAUUGGCGUGGCAGAAGCGGAGCGAGAUGCUGGCAUUCGGGAGGCAGAGUGCAAGAAAGAAAUGCUGGAUGUUAAGUUCUUGGCUGAUACCAAAAUAGCAGAUUCCAAACGGGCUUUUGAAUUGCAGAAAGCUGCAUUCAGUGAAGAGGUCAACAUUAAGACUGCUGAGGCUCAGCUGGCCUAUGAGCUCCAGAGCGCCCGGGAGCAGCAGAAGAUCCGCCAGGAGGAAAUCGAAAUCGAGGUGGUGCAGCGCAAGAAGCAGAUCGAUGUGGAAGAGAAGGAAGUCAUCCGGAUGGAGAAGGAGCUGAUAGCCACCGUGAAGCGGCCGGCGGAGGCUGAAGCCUACUGUAUCCAGCAGAUUGCUGAGGGCGAGAAGGUGAAGCAAGUCCUCAUGGCUCAGGCGGAGGCGGAAAAGAUCCGCAAGAUUGGAGAAGCAGAGGCUUUUGUGAUUGAGGCCAUUGGGAUGGCGGAGGCGGAGAGGAUGAAGCUGAAAGCUGAAGCGCUGCAGCAGUACGGAGAGGCUGCCCAGCUGGCUCUAGUGCUGGAUGCACUGCCUGAGAUCGCUGCCAAAGUUGCUGCUCCCCUCUCCAAAGUGGACGAGAUCGUUAUUCUCAGUGGAGAGAGCAACAACACAACGUCGGAGGUGAACCGUCUGCUGGCUGAGAUCCCCGCCUCCGUGCGUGCCAUCACUGGUGUGGAUCUCACAAAGAUUCCCCUGAUCCAGAAAGCUACCGGGACCCAGGCAUGAGGCUGGCCAACCCAAAGCUAGUGAAGAUCACUCCCUGUUAUGCACUCGGACAUCAACUGCCUUCAACACGUGGGAAUUCCUUUUAUAUCAAAGACAAUCGGAGUUUCAUUUUUAAGCUCUGGUGCCUUAUUUUGUAGGGCCAGAAAGAUGCAUGUCCAAUCAGCUGCUCUUUUAUUACAAAGGGUGGGAGGGGAUUUAUUUUGUAAUUAUCUGUAUAUUGUAUCAGGCCAGGGUUUGGAUCCGAUCCUCAGUUAUGACUGGCAGCUUGUCUGGUGUUGCAGUCCCGGUGCCUUGCUGUUCUUUGUCCUCGGGUGGCCGCCCAGAGCUCAGAGCAGAGGCUCGGCAGGACACGGAGCGUGGAGCUGUAGGAAGAGGACAGGCAGGACCUACCUCCCCUGGACUCCCUGCCCUGCCGCAGCCACCCUCCUGGCGCUGCCCAACCCCUGCCUUUGCCCGCGAGCUGUUGCUGUGGCUGGCUUUUCCCACCUCGGUGUCUUGCCCACAGGCAACUCAGUCCUGCCCAGGCUGGGCUUCCCAGAGGGGACAGGCACUUCCCUGGGAGGGCGACAAUCCGGCACUGCCAGUGGGUGCUGCCCACUCCUGUGCUGCCUUCCCUCGGGGAAGUUUCCUCCCAGGAUCUGGAGCCAGGAGAGCUCGGAGGGGGCUGAUGGAGCCCAGCUGAGCCCUGCUGUGAGCCAGGCUUGGUGAGGUCCCACCACCAGGAAUGCCAAAAAGCUGCGCUGUGCCAAAGCCACCCCAUCCUCCAGGAAUGAGGUGGAGCCACCGAGCCUGCUGUCCCUUGAGCGCCCUGGUGUAUCUCAACCCCCACGGCUACUCCAGGCGCAGGGUCAGCGGGAGGCAGGGACCGGGCAGGGCGCUGCGGUGGGGACAGGCUCCUCCAGCAUGGCCUGUGCAGCCGCCUGGGGACCAUGCUCCUGGGGGGUGCCGCGGCCCCCGGGGGCUGGCAGGGGAUACCCCGGCAGACAAUGCAGAAGCCCCUACCUCGCUCAGCCCCCGCCUCUUACGGCCAGUGGCUUUGCUGCCCUGAGUAACAAUGUGAAAGUGGUUGUCCCCUGUGUGUCCCGUACUCCUCACAGUGCCACCAGGGCCUCGCGGUGGCCCUUGCCCCUUCCCCGCCUGCCUCCCCGCCUGCGCUCUGUGUGGCUGGUGCAGACAAACCCAUGCGCGAAGUCAGCCUGGCGGUGACCUGCGCAGGCACUGCAGGGUGCUGGGGGUCCCUCUGCCAUGGCUCACCCAUGGCUCGGUGCCACCUGCCCUGUUGCCGUAGGGUGGGUGCAGGGACCUGGGUCCCCGUCUGCCCUCCUGGCAGUGCUCCGGUACCGGCCGGUCCCUUUGCCAGGAGUGACCCGCUGUGAGACUGGUGGCACUGCGUCCCCCUCCCUGCCACCGGGGUGGGGAGGACUGGCGUUAUCAGCCCCCUGCUUGUGCUCACACCAGCGGCGCAGAUCUGGCAUUUGCUGGCGGGCGUGCCGGGCGAGGCACCCUAUCUGCAUGUGCGUGUGCAUGCCUGCGACCCUGCGACCGCCACUGCUGUACGAUAAUAAAACCUUGUCACCACGUG